AUUUAUCAGCACUCAACACUAGAAAAUAAUAAGUAUCCCUGUAAGUUAUCAACUAUUUUCAAGCUCUAAAUGCUUGAAAAUAAUAAGUAAUGGCAACUUAAAAAACAUUAUUGGUUUGUCAUUACUCAUUAUUUUUCAACCCUCAACACUAGAAAGUAUUAAUAACUUUUUUCCAACAUAUGAGAAUGAUACGCAACAAUAGCAAACUGUAAGCAAAUGGAGAGCAAUCGGGUUUUCGCAAGGAGCGCGGCAGCCAGGAAAGACAGUGGCUUCAGACAGCGGCAAGGAUUCAGGAACAGGUUUGCAGGUGACAGUUCUCAGUUUUCCGGAUGGGCAACGACCUUCUUCUUUUAUAACUUCCCAGAGGAAUUAGAGGCAAAAUUUCUAUGGAACAGUUUUCAGAUGUACGGCAAGGUCGUCGAUGUGUAUAUUCCGAGAAAGCGAGAUAAGAAAGGAAAGAGGUAUGGUUUUGUGCGACUAUCAGGGGUCAAGAAUGAGAUGCAAAUGGAGAGGAGGCUAAAUGAGAUAUGGAUUGGCUCGUAUAAGAUGAGAGUCAAGAUUGCAAGUGACAAACAAAGGAAACCAGCAACAACCAGGAAGGUUCAAGGUGCGAUUAAAGGCAGCGGUUCAACAAGCUCCAUGAACAGGUUGGUUCAACCAGGGCACUCUUAUGUACAAGCAGUGAAGGGCAGAGGAAAGGAAGUGGAUAAGGCUUCAGAACAAUCACAGGAAGAGGGAACAAAAGAAAUCUCAAAAAAGGAAGAGGACAAAACAAGAGUACAGGAGAAUAAGGAUGGAGAUAAAACAAGGGUACAGGUGAAUAAGGAGGGAGAAAAAUCAGAGAGGACUAUUGAGUAUAUUCCGACGAGUGAUGAGCUGAAAUGGCUUGAAGGCGGCAUGAUCGCAGUGGUGAGGGCAAUGGUGCUGGUAUCGGAGAUCCAAGAGCAAUUGGACGCAGACGGGGGCUCAAUAUUGCUAUCACCAAUGGGGGGAAGAAGGGCACCAGAGGAGAUAAGCCGCAUGAUGUGGGUGCGCAUUUCGGGAGUGCCUCUAAAGGCAUGGGGGGAGAGGUGUUUUCAGAUGAUAAGAGAGUCAAUCGGAGAAGUUUUACUGGUUCACGAGGACACAAAGAAGAAAGCAAUAUUAUGGGAUGGGAGAGUUCUGAUCCUAUGCUCGGAGGCCAGUAAAAUUGCAAAGAAAGUUAAGUUGAAGGUAGGAGAGCAGGUGUUUGAAAUAGAGAUAACUGAAGAGGAGUGGCGCUCUGACCCGGACUGGUGGCUAUCGGAGAAUGACCGGAAAAAUGACAUGGAAUCGGAGUCCGAUUACUCAAUCUCAUGGUGUCAGAACGAGGAUCCGGAAAUGGCUUUGGAUGUGAUUGGAGACGGUGAGGAUGUAAGUUAUGGUUCAGAGCAUUUAAUGAAGGAUACGGAGUCUAAUUCAAAUCUGAAGAGUGUAACGGAAACGGAGGGAUGUUUUCAAACUGUGCAAGAGACAGAUCUGGAAGAGGAUGAAAUCGCUGGGCUGUCCAAGGAGUGUGGGCCACAAAGAGAGAGUUCUGUUGGGCCAGUAGAAGGAAGUGGGCCGAACAAAAGGAUGGGUUGGGGUCAGAUAAAAGACACAGACAUGGAGGACUCCUUUUUAAAUGCUCAAAUUCCGGUAAACCCAAAGGCUUUGCAGAAAUCGGAAAUCUCAAAAAAGGAAAGCAAAAAACAGAGGCUCCUUCAAGAAUGUUACCCAGAGACCAAGGAGGAGAUCUGGGCAAAAGAAGCAACGUGGGUAACACCCAGAACAAAGCAGCGACAGGCACGGAGAGCAGAAACUUGCAAAGCUGGAGAUGACAAGGUACACAUCGUUGCUGCUGAAUCAAUUUCAAAUGAGUGUAUUGUAAAUAGAAACAGGGUGUUGCGGAUGGAGAUGAAUAUGCUUGAGGUGCGCCGGCUGAUGGGGGUAGGGAAGAGAUUGGGUUUUAUUUUUGAUAAAAAUGAGGAGGAGAUUCAAUCAAGGCUUCUAGAGGCAGUAGACCGAGAUGGGGCAGAGAGGAGGGACGCGGUAGAGAGGGGUUUGGGUGGGUCGGUGAAGAAAAAGGAAGUGAGAAGGCUGGUUCAAGUCGAGAAGCCUGAUUUUCUGUUCUUGCAGGAAACAAAGUUAGAAAAUGUGGAUGUAAGUAUCUGUAGACAGUUAUGGAAUUCUGAUGAGUUCGAUUGGGUGGCGAAGGGAUCUUCCGGAGCCUCAGGGGGUUUAAUAUGUAUGUGGGAUAGGAGACAGUUUGUUAAGAGGGAAGUUUUUACUGGUGACGGAUAUGUGGGAUGUGCAGGGGAAUGGGGAGCAAAUAAAAAGCAGUAUUUUCUAAUUAACGUAUAUGGGCCAACUGAUAGACAGAAGAAGGCUGGUUUGUGGGAGGUUUUGAGGAAAAUGGUGACAGACAAGGAAGGGUGUUGGGUGAUAGCAGGGGACUUUAAUGCAGUAAGAGGUCCUGAGGAGAGACGAGGAAGAUCUGGGGAGAGCCCAGAUAUGAAGGAUUUUGAUGAGUUUAUUGUGACAACGGAUUUGGUGGAUGUUAAGCUGUCGAAUAGAAGGUAUACAUGGUACAAGCCAGACGGCACAGCAAAGAGUAGAUUGGACAGAUUCCUAUUGAGUACGGAGAUGUGUAACGGGGAAGAAGAGUGGAUACAACAAGGAUUGCCUAGGAGUAUCUCUGAUCAUUGUGCUAUCGUGUUGAAAUCCAGAACAUCAGAUUGGGGACCAAGACCCUUUCGGGUUUUAGACGCAUGGCAACAACAUCCAGAUUUUAAGAAGUUUGUAGAAGAUAAAUGGAGUGAGAUGAUGGUGGAGGGUUUUGCAGGGUAUAAAUGCCAGCAAAAGUUGAGAUUGUUAAAAGGUUUUUUAAAAGGCUGGAACAAGGAUGUUUUUGGGAACAUGGAAGCUCAAUAUGAACAAGCUGUAGAAAAGAUUGAGCAAGUGGAUAUGCAAAACGAAAUAUCAGACCUGGAAGUUGCUGAGAUUGUGAAAAGGCAAGAGGGUUUUGCUGAGAUGUGGGAUGUUUUGAGAAAGAGGGAAAUUAUCUGGAAGCAGAAGUCAAGAAGUAAAUGGGUGCAUGAAGGAGACGCAAAUACCCGCUUUUUUCAUAGAGUUGCAAAAGGAAGAAGAGCACAAAACAAUAUUGCGGGUUUAAAGUGUGACGGGGCAUGGAUUGAUGAUCCAGUUUUAGUUAAAAAUGAGAUCGUCAGAUACUUCAGCAGAUUAUUUCAAGGAGAGGCAUGGAAUAGACCAAAGCCUGGGGAUAUCAAAUUCCAGCAGCUAUCCGAGGAGAAAAAAGAUUGGCUGGAAAGACCCUUUUCGGUUGAAGAAAUAGAGGAAGGCUUAAGAAGCUGUGAAGGGUCAAAGGCUCCAGGACCCGACGAUUACAACUUUAACUUUCUUAAAUUUGCGUGGCACUGCAUAAAGGAGGACUUCAUCAACUUUUUUUCGGAAUUCCACUGUAAUGGUAAAUUGGUGAGGGGUCUAAACUCUUCUUUUUUAACCAUGAUUCCUAAAAAGUUGAAUGCAGUAGAAUUAAAGGAUUAUAGACCCAUUAGCUUGAUAGGAUGUGUCUAUAAAUUAUUAGUGAAGGUGCUAGCUAAUAGAUUGAAAUCAGUAAUAUCAGAAAUAGUGAGUGAAACGCAAUCUGCUUUUGUGCGAGGCCGGCAGCUGGUGGAUAGUGUCUUGGUGCUGAAUGAAGUUGUGGAUGAAAUAAAGAAGAAGAAACAGCCAGCCUUUGUGUUUAAAGCAGAUUUCGAAAAGGCUUAUGAUUGCGUAGAUUGGGCUUUUUUGGAUUGGAUGAUGGAGAGUUUUGGGUUUGGAACAAAAUGGAGAGGCUGGAUUAAGGAGUGCCUUUCAACGGCCAGAAUCUCGGUUCUGGUAAACGGAAGCCCGACAAAGGAAUUUGAGGUGGGUAAAGGGUUGAGACAAGGUGAUCCUCUAUCUCCUUUCCUCUUUUUGAUGGUGGCAGAGGGGUUACAAGGUCUGGUACAGAGAGCAGUAAAGGAGGGAAUGCUGCAUGGGAUUGAGAUUGGAAAGAAAGGUCUCUCCGUGUCGAUGCUCCAGUUUGCUGAUGAUACAGUCAUUAUGGGCAGAGCGGAUGCUGAGAAUAUACGUACGGUGAAGGACAUCCUAAAAUGGUUUGAGCUUAUGUCGGGCUUGAGGAUCAAUUUCAGCAAAAGUAGCAUUUUUUGUUAUAAUGUGUCAGAGAAAUGGCUGAAAGGAUCAGCGGGUAUGAUACAUUGUAGGGUUGGUAGAGCACCGUUUCUUUAUCUGGGGAUGCCCGUUGACGGUAAAUCUGGGAACAAGAAAUAUUGGGAGCUGGUUGUAAACAAAUUCCGUACCAAACUCGCUGUCUGGAAGGCUACUACUCUUUCCUUUGGAGGCCGCCUCGUCUUGCUAAAUUCGGUACUCUCUGCUCUUCCUAUUUUUUAUAUGUCUUUAUAUUUAUUUCCUAAUGCUGUGAUUGAGGAGUUGAUUAGAAUUCAAAGGAGGUUCUUAUGGGGCGGGGCAGAUCUAAAUAAGAAAAUUCCAUGGGUUAAAUGGGAAUAUGUAUGUCGAGCUAAGGCGAAGGGGGGGCUCGGGGUGACUGACUUACAGAAUAAAAAUUGGGCUUUGUUAGGAAAAUGGUGGUAUAGGUUUGGUGACGGGGUCGAGAGUUUAUGGAAAAGGGUGGUGAGGGAGAAAUAUUAUGGGGGUAGGAGGGAGGUCGAUAUCACUACGAUAGAGUGUUUAAAGGUGUCCAAGAUUUGGAGGGACAUUAUUCGGAUCGGGGGGCGAUCUCUCAAACUGAGGAAUAUAUUGGCUGUGGGUUUCAAGUGGGAGGUGGGUGAAGGAAAUAGAGUGGGUUUUUGGUCUGAUAAGUGGAUUGGUGUUAAAAGUCUUAGGGAUUUGUUCCCUAGGUUAUUUGCUCUUUCUGUGAAGAAGGAUGGAAAGGUUAUGGAGAUGGGGUGUUGGGUAGAGGGUAGAUGGUGGUGGAGGAUGGAGUGGAGGAGGGGUACAAUAGGGAGAGAGAAGGAUGAGGAGGUGCGGUUGGAAAAGAUGCUGGAGGGUGUCAAACUAAAGGAGGGGGCAGGGGAUGUUUGGAAGUGGAUUCAUGCGACGGAUGGCAAAUAUGGGGUGAAUAUAGCGUAUGAUUUUCUAGCUACUUCGGAGGGUGUUUUGGAGAAUCAGAUGUGUAAACUAAUAUGGUGUAGAUUGGUGCCAUCCAAAGUGGCUUUUUUUGGGUGGCGUUUGUGCUUAGAUAGACUCCCAACUAAGGAUAACUUGCAAAAACGUGGGAUAGUGUUACAGGAGGGGUUGCUUUGCGAUUUCUGUAAGGGGAAGACGGAGGAAGUAAACCAUUUAUUCUGUUUGUGUUAUAAUGCAUGGUUAGUGUGGACUCAGGUGUUGAGGUGGUGGGGUUUGGAGUCUGUUUUUCGUAAUACAGUUAGGGGAAUGGCAGAUUUUUUCAUUGGAAGUUUGGGCAGAUUGGUUGGAAAAGAGUUGGGUUCAUGUAUUUUCCUAGUGGUCGCCUGGUAUCUAUGGUAUAGUCGGAAUGUUCUAGUGUUUAGAAAAGACGAGGGUUUGCUAGAAAACUUGAUGGAAAGGAUGCAAGUUAAAACAUUUAUAUGGAUUAAAGCCAAAGUCAAUGGCUGUGGGUUCUCUUUUUACGAAUGGCAGACUUACCCAAUGGAGUGUGCUAUGGCUGUCAAAAACCAUAAAAGGUUGCGGAAGCAGUUCUUUAAAGCUUGCGUGCCGCUGAGAUGAUGGCUAGGCGGGUCUGUUUUGAUUCAUAAUUGUAGUAUGUGGGCUUCUGUGGUUUUAUGUUUGUGAUUAGUAUGCUGUAUCAGUUGCUGGUUUUCAGGAGAUUGGCUCUCCUGUUUUGUGGUAACCAUUUUUAUUUUUGUAUAUGGGCAGGAGCACCCCUUGUGCUUCAUUA